AUGAGCUAUCGGGACCGAGACUACGAAAGAUCUUCGCCCGCUUUGUCGGGAGCCGGCGGCGACUACCAAAUGGAGGUGCAGGAGGACACGGUCUACGUGUCUGGUCUGCCGCCUGAGACCACUGUGGAUAAUCUGGGCGAGCUGUUCGGAUCCAUCGGCAUCAUCAAGUGUCCCUCACGCCCCUUCUUCUUGAUGCGGCAAUCCAUCCACAACUACUGUGUGGCCGAUCAGAUCGACAAGAAGAAGCGACCCAACGAGAAGAAGAUUUACGUCUACACCGACAAGGCUACGGGCAAGCCCAAGGGCGAUGCCACCGUGACGUAUGACGAUCCGGAGGCGGCCAAGGCUGCGAUCAACUGGUUCAACAACACCGAGUUCAUGGGUUCCAAGAUCAAGGUCGAGAUUGCCCAGAGGAAGGUCGCUACGGAGGUGCUCGCGCGCCGGGGAAGAAUGAACAGCGGAUUCGGGCGCGGCGGCGGACGUGGCGGCGGCCGCGGGAGAGGAAGAGACAGGGACGAAGAUGACGGCGGCUAUGGCGGCGGUGGAUACGGCGAUGCGGGCGGCGAUGCUUACGGCGGCGGCUACAACUACGGUGCCGAAGGCGGCGGCGGCGGCGGUGGACGCGGCGGUCCUCCGCAAGCGCGCGAGGGCGACUGGGCGUGCCCCGACCCCGGAUGCGGCAACGUGAACUGGGCGCGGCGUUCGACGUGCAACAAAUGCAACACGCCCAAGCCUGGCGGCGGCGGCGGCGGCGGCGGCGGCUAUGGAGGCCGAGGCGACCGCGACAGCGGCUACGGCGGAAGGGACGGUGGCAGGGACAGCCGAGGCGGCGGCUACGGCGGCAGGGACGGCGGAAGAGACAGCCGAGGCGGCGGCAGGUACGACGAUGCCGAUGACAGGGGCUACGGCAAGCAGACCUCUUCCUACUCCUCGAGCAGAAGGGACAACCGAGACAGGCCCUACUAA